GGCAUCCAAGUGAUAGUUUUUCUACUUGUUUGUCCUUUUGAAGACCCCUGUAGUGAUCAAGUCAAUGGAGAAAUUUCCUCCAUAUGUUUCCAACCAAUACACACGGCAAAGAAAAUUUACAUUUUCUCGGAAAGAACCAAUCUGUAGGCUUGGAAACCUAAGGCCAAAUUCUGACAGAAAAUACUAAGAAUCACAAUAACAACUCCAGCAAAUGUUGCCCAUUUUUCAAAAACUCAAAUCCUAUGUUCUUAUGGCUUCCAUGUUUAUCAUUCUUCUAUUCUUCUAUGUACUUUGUGCCGUGGAAGGAGCCGAACAGGAAAUUCCUGGCAAGAUAAAUCUGGGUUCUUCACUCUUUCCUACUUCUCAGCCCACAUCAUGGUUCUCUCCUUCUGGUCGAUUUGCAUUUGGAUUCUAUCAGCAAGACUCUGGUUUUGCUGUUGGAAUAUGGCUGGUUGGGAAAAGCAACAGAACAGUUGUGUGGACUGCAAAUCGCAAUGAUCCGCCUGUAUCAGCAAGUUCAACAAUCUCCUUGACAGACGAGGGUAAGCUUCUUUACAAAAUCGGCCAAGGAGGGGAGAAACUUAUUGCAAAUAAUACAGAAGCUGCUUCUUUUGCUUCUCUACAAGAUUCUGGCAAUUUGGUCCUCUACAACGCGAAAUCUGAGAUCAUUUGGGAGAGUUUUAAGUAUCCUACAGAUACCAUUUUAGGAGGUCAGACUCUCUUUUCUGGGGCUCAACUGGUAAGUUCAUCAGAAACCAGCCACCACACCGGACGGUUUCACCUCAAGAUGCAGGAAGAUGGGAACCUUGUUUUAUACCCACUGAAUACUGGGGACACAUCAGGUGAUGCUUACUGGCGUUCCGGCACUUUAGGGCAUGAGUUCAAGUUUCAUCUUUAUCUAAAUAGCUCCGGCCGCCUGCUAAUUGUCAAUGGUACCAGUUCAAAAAUCAUCAGCACACUAUAUGGUAACUCAUUAUCGGCAAACGACGAUAACAGCACAAUUUACCGUGCAACUCUAGACAUUGAUGGUGUUUUACGCCUGUAUUCUCAUAGAUACGACGAGAGUGGUGAACUCAAAGCAACAACCGAGUGGGAAGCACUUAAAAGUCCUUGUGAAGUGAAAAGCUUUUGUGGGUUCAAUAGUUAUUGCACAUAUAAUGACGACCAGCCAGUGUGUCUUUGUCUUCCUGGUUCUGAUUUCAUCGACCCCAAUCACAGGAAUCUUGGAUGCACUAGAAAUUAUACAGAAGCAGCGUGUAAAGGUGGGAAACAAAAUCCACUCCAUUUUAACAUCACCACCAUGGAAAAUAUCAACUGGGGAGACAUUCCUUAUGUUCAACAAUCCAUGUCUAUAGAAGAAUGCAGAAAUUCUUGUUUGGAAGACUGCAACUGCGGGGCAGCACUUUUCUCUGAAAACACUUGCAAGAAACAACGACUUCCACUGAGGUAUGUUAUUAGAAAAAUUCAAUCAGGAGAUCUAGAUCAAGUGAAGUCCACGGCUUUAUUGAAGGUAGGCAUUGGAGGCAAUAAUGGAAUUGACUCUAUCCCUUUAAAGCCAACCAUUAUUGUGACUAGAAGCGAAAAAGGACGACUGGCUGAAAUACUUAUGACUUGUGUUCUUGUCGUAUUUUCAUGCAUUAGCCUUAUAGUUUGUUGUUUAUUCAUAUACAAAAUCAGAUCCAUAAGAUACAAAAGGCUAGUGGAACAUGGGGAGGAUGGCUUGACUGAGGAGCUUAAACUGCGAUUGUUUUCAUACGACGAGCUUAAAGCAGCAACAAAUGGUUUCAGAGAAGAGCUGGGAAAGGGUUCAUUUGGAGCAGUGUACAAAGGGACUUUAUACAAACGGAAAAAGCUUGUAGCAGUGAAGAGGCUAGAGAAGUUAGUGGAAGAAGGUGAAAGGGAGUUCCAGGCAGAGAUGCGAGCAAUAGGAAGAACUCACCACAAGAACUUAGUUCGAUUGUUGGGAUACUGCGCUGUGGAUUCAAAAAGACUUCUUGUUUAUGAAUAUAUGAGCAAUGGCUCCCUUGCCAAUCUAGUGUUCAACUCUUCAGGGAGGCUGAGUUGGAAUCAGAGAAUAAAAAUUGCAAUUGAUGUUGCAAAAGGGAUCCAUUAUCUACAUGAAGAGUGUGAGACUCCCAUCAUUCAUUGCGACAUAAAACCACAGAACAUAUUGAUGGAUGAAUUCUGGACUGCUAAGAUUGCUGAUUUUGGGUUGGCAAAAUUGCUGAUGCCAGAUCAAACAAGAACCUUCACAGUUGUGAGAGGAACAAGGGGGUAUUUAGCACCAGAAUGGCAUAAGAAUACACCAAUUUCAGUUAAGGCAGACAUCUACAGUUAUGGAAUUGUGCUUUUGGAAAUUGUUUGCUGCAGAAAGAAUAUGGAGCUUAACACAUUGAAACCAGAAGAGAUUGUUUUGUCCACAUGGGUUUACAAUUGUUUUGUUGCAGGAGAGUUGGAGAAGCUUGUAAUUGGGGAAGAAGCUGACAAGAAGAUCUUGGAGAAAAUGGUGAUGGUGGCAAUGUGGUGUAUUCAGGAUGAACCAGCUCUUCGUCCUUCAAUGAAGAGUGUGGUUUUGAUGUUAGAAGGGAUCACUGAUGUAUCAGUUCCUCCAUGUCCAACUGCUCCCUCCAUGUAAUUCAACUCUUUAGCCAUGUUUACUGAUGCAAUAAUAAUAUAGUAGCAAAGUGUUUAUAAAAGAAAAAACAAAAAAAAUAUAUAAAUAUACUAUUAUUUAAUAUUUUAAUAUAAUUAAUUUUUUAUUUAAAU